GAGAGAGAGAGAGAGAGAGAGAGUAGGGUAGGGUAGUACGUUUGUCAGACAGACAGAGCAUCCUCAGUCCACAAGGACAGCUGGGGGUCUCCGGUCUGCUUUAAGAGCGCUGGGCGUACAGGGCGACGCUCAUUUUUUAAAUUCACCUCGCUGUGUAAAAGAGUGUGUAACGACUCCAGCGAAAAACCAAGGACUUAUCGUCUAACCAAAACAACCUUCUCUCUUUCCUGUCGUGCAGGACAGGUCAGGUAUUGGACAGAAUAAUUGAGAAGAAUCCAACACUUGAGGACUCAACUAAAAGGGUAUUUUUAUAGAACUUUCUGUUUUCAAAAUUCUCUCCAACUUUGCCCUUCGAUCGGAGGCUAGAAUGAUGUCUUAUCUGAAGCAGCCACCUUAUACAGUCAACGGCCUGAGUUUGUCUGCCUCCGGGAUGGACCUACUCCAUCCGUCUGUCGGCUAUCCAGCCACCCCUCGUAAACAGAGGCGCGAGAGGACGACCUUUACGCGUGCUCAGCUGGACAUUCUGGAGAACUUGUUCGCCAAGACGCGCUACCCAGACAUCUUCAUGCGCGAGGAGGUGGCCCUGAAGAUCAACCUACCUGAGUCUCGUGUUCAGGUAUGGUUUAAAAACCGAAGGGCGAAGUGUCGCCAGCAGGCACAGCAGUCACAGAGCGGCGCGCAGAGCAAGACCAGACCCGUCAAGAAGAAAAGUUCCCCCAUCAGAGAAGCCAGCUCAGAGAGCGGUGCCAGCGGCCAAUUCACACCGCCCCCCAGCACCUCAAUCCCGGCCGUGAGCAGCAGCAGUGCACCGGUGUCCAUCUGGAGCCCGGCCUCCAUCUCUCCUCUCUCUGACCCACUCUCUACCUCCUCCUCUUGUAUGCAACGGUCGUACCCGAUGACCUACACCCAGGCGUCCGGAUACAGCCAGGGCUACACCGGAUCCUCAUCGUAUUUCAGCGGGAUGGACUGCGGGUCUUACUUGGCGCCUAUGCACCACCAGCUCUCCACGGCGGGCUCCACAAUGAGCCCCAUGGGCAGCAACGGGGUAUCCAGCCACCUGAGCCCGGUUUCUUCCCUCGCCACGCAGGGUUAUGGGGCAGCGGGACUGGGCUUCAGCGGUCCCACAGACUGCCUGGAUUACAAAGACCAGGCCGCGGCCUGGAAACUCAACUUCAACGCGGAUUGUUUGGAUUACAAAGACCAGUCGUCGUGGAAAUUUCAGGUGUUGUGAGAAGAAUGAGUGAAUUACAUUAUCUUUUCACAAUGUGGUGAAAUAAAGGCCAGUCAAUCCGGUGGGCCCAGGUUGGCAGUGAAUGAGUCGCCGAAAGGGAACGUUUUCCAACGACUGGGCCUAGUGUCUGUCAAACUAUUACCCCAGCAGCAGCAGUGGGAGAGGAGGGGAGCUGCCGCUCUGUUUGUCUGUCUGACUGCGUCACACCUGUUGGGUUAAUUUAUUGAAAAUUCAGAGUGAACUCUGUUUAACUUUGAUCAAGGACAUGGAACAAAAUUGUUACCCAAGAAGAAAAUGAUCAAGAGAAGUUCCAAACCUCGGUUAAGCGCGUGGAAUUGGUCAGCUUUCCAUAAGCUUCUUACGACUCCCCGACCCUCUCCUCUUGGUUGGCAAGCUAAAGGGGCCCUUUGAUCAAAGCAUUGUGCGUGCGUGCGUAUGUGUGUGUGUGUACCCGCACAUCUCUGUGCGCGCGCCUUUGAGGCGAACCUGGAUGCACUAUUUAAUUUAUGAAAAAUGCUUAUAAGACACUAGUUCCAAGAGACAAUCAACCAGUAUUCGUGUGCUCAUAAAUGUCCCACUACGUGUUUUUCAUCUUCUCUAUCAUUGUUAGCUUUUUGAGACUGUGAUUCCUUGUAUGCAAUUCUGAGUUUCCCAUCUGCGAUCACCCAGCUGUGAAUGGAUAAAAAAAAAAAUCCAAGUGUUUCAAAUGAUAAGUUAUUAUGAUGAAAUAUUAGUUGAAAUAGGGAGUUCUCAAACAGUGUGAGUGGCGGAGUCAAUGAACAGCAACGUUGCCUGAAACAUCAGUGUCCAUCAAUGACCAAAUACAGCUCAAGGUUGUUAUGCCAAACUGCCAAGCACACAAAUAAAGAACGUUUGAACUGA